AUGGUGCUGCUUGCUCUCGAUGAGUUUUUCCGCUCCUUCUUCCAGUUCAACUCGCUGCCUCGAUCUGCGCCCGACGAUGCCGCCGACUCCCCGCCCCGCCCCACGUCCCUCCUCGUCUUUUGCACCCCGGAAGUGGACAGCGUCUGUUGCUGCCAUCUUCUCUCCACGUUCCUCAAUUCGCGCCUCCUCUUCCUCGACAGCCAGUGGGACUGCGGAAACGUUGCUCUCGACAUUGAGUUCGUCUCCGGCAUCCCCGACGUGCUGGCCUGGAUCGAUCGGCACCUGGAGUACCACGUAAGUCACGCCCCCACGUCCUCUCCGGGACUGCCUUCAUCCUCCGCGUAUCGCCUACCGUUCUACGACCGCAUUUUGUUCAUCGGCCUCGGCGGCCUGGCAGACGAGGACGAGCUUGAUGACGAAGACGGAGACGCCCGGCAGACAGCAGGCCUGACAGCCACGCUCUUCGCUGCCGUCACAGAUCUCUUCUUGCACAAGGCGGUGCGCCUCGAGGCUCUCGAGGAGUUGCGGCGACAGAGACGCAGAGAACGCGCGGAGCGGCUGCGUAGACAGCCGUUCGCGUUUUUCAAUGCGAGGGACGGCGACGCCGGGGAGGCCGGAGCCGACGAAGCCAUUGGUCGCGCUGCCGCCUCGGGCGCAGAAGACGCGUACAACCUGGACGGCGCCGGCGCCUCGGGUGUACUGACACCUGAGGACGAAGAACGCGUUCGACGAAUCGAAGUCAAAUUCAGAAACGCAAUCAAAAUCGCGGUCCUUGAUGCCAGAAGGCCCGUGCACACCACGCUCAUACGUGAUGGCCGGUGGAUGAUGCCGAUGGAAGAGGCGGAGCAGGAGGCGUUGGACCGACGACGAAGAGAACGGCUGGAGGCCGGGAAGGGACACACUUCUCUCCUCGCUGCCGGGGUGUAUCGAAGCAAACCGUGUGCAGCUGUCCUCGCCAAGGUCCUCGAGCCGCUGUAUGAGGUGGAGAGUAGCGCUUACGCGUUUGCAGGCGCCACGGCAGCUGCUGCCUUUCUUCACGAGGAGUGGCUGUCGAGCGACGACUACAACGAUUUGAUUAUGGCUAUCAAAGACAUCAAUGUCUCGACUUUCCCCUACAUAGAAGACGACGACAACAACGGUCUGUUGCCGCUCCUGAGAAACGGGUGCCUUCGAGACUCCCUCAGUGUGAGCAGGCAAUUACUCUUCCUCGGGCUCGGAAGCAGCCACGCGUCGCCUGCGGCGGCUUCGGGAGAAGUUUCUCGCGCCUGGAUGAGCCAGCAACAGAGCAACGAACUCCGCGUCCAGUGCGGCCUCGAAUGCAAAGACAUGGUCAACCCCUUCAGCGGUCUCGCCGCCUCGCAGCAACGAGUUGUGUACGAUUACCUCCGACAGACUCUGCAACUACGAGACUGUUACUGCCUCAACUGGGCGAAGGAUCGCGGGAACCUCCCUUCUGUCCCCAAUGUGGACACUGCCUUCCUCCUUCAAGCUCUCCUCGCCAGACCCGGCUCACAAGACGCAGUUGGAGCCUCGGUGUAUCGCGUCAACGCCAUCGACGCCUUGCAGCUUCUUACACGAAUCACAUCGACGGCAACCCGCGAGCAAACGGUGGUGCUUCAGCAGCUCGAGAAGGCGCAGUCGCUUGUGGUACACCACCUUCUGCAACUCUUUCGGCAUCUGGACUUGGCCGUUCUCAGCCACGCGCGAGGCGGCGUUUUGUUGGUAACGCUGCGCCAUCCGCGAGCGUUUCUUCUUCAUCCGGCGUAUCUGCGCACCUUUGCGCUCCUCUGCUCGUUGAAGCAGGCCGGAGGCGAAGAAGAGAAGCGGCUUCCGGUGGUUCUCCACGUGUGCGUUGAGGCGCCCGCGCCGGGUGGGGAAAGGAGCAUUUUGUAUGCGUGCACGCCGAAUGCAGACGCGGAAAACCCGGACCUUUUUCCCUUCGUGCUUCACCUCUUGGUUUCGAGUGGCGACUUGGGGGGGGAUUUCACGGAUCCUCGAAGGAAGCACGGCAAAAGAAGAGGCAGAGAACAGCGCCCUGAGGCUGCAUCCGCCGUCGCGCGGUGUGUGAAGCGCGACGGCGGAUGCCCACACAUGCUCCACGUGAGCGUAGGGCGCCUUGGCGCCGACGUGCAGAAACAAGUCGCUGCUGUCUACGUGAACGAAAUGCGGAGGCGAGCUGAAGAAGACGCCCGAGAUGACGACGACGACCUCGAUUUCCAGGGGGAAGAAGACCCCGAGGAAGAAGUGGAAGCCGAUACAGAGACGGGAAUUCCCAGUCAAGAGGAGGACGACAAAGAGCAACGAGAUCCGUCGAACUGGGCAACCCAGAGAGAAGACAGCGAAGGCAGUGAAGAUGACCGAGAGCUCUCCGAGCACGAGGCCAAGCGCCGACACAGCGAGUCGGUCGCCAGUGACUUAAAGACAGUGUCGCGAAGCGCCGAACCCAGGCGAGGCGGCGCAGCUCCGGCGUGGUAG